UCCUUCUCUUUCUAUCAACAAACACUUCUUCAAAUUCAAUUCCUCCCCAUUCCAGUUCAAAAUUCAAGUCAUCCAACACUCAGAGCCCAUGAAUCCAACCAUCCACUCAUCUAACUUUACGACAAUUCAAAACAAUACACCGACCUUUCAUUUCAGCAGAUUCUUUGCCUUACAUCCUUCACCCUCUUUCCAAACUCCUACCUCUGUCUGCCAAUUCACCUCGCAGGCAUUGUCUUCUCUCAGCAACAAGUCUACUUCUGAUGAUGCGGAAGAAUACCCGGGCAUAGCCGAUGAGAUCAAGAAGCAUAGGAGGAUGAUAUCCAACAGAGAAUCUGCUCGACGGUCUCGGAUACGCAAGAAGAAGCAUCUUGACCAGCUAUUGGUGCAGAUCAUCCAGCUUCGUGACCAGAACUGCCAGCUUCUCGACAAGCUGAAUCACAUGGAGGACUGGAAUGACCGGAUCCUACAGGAGAAUGGCCUACUCAGGGAAGAAGCUUCCAACCUCCAUCAAACUCUCCGAAACAUGCAGCACAAAAAUCCUUACACCAUUUUGAAAGAUACAGAAGAAAUCCCAUGCAACAUUGCAUAUCUUGGAGCCAAAUCAACAAACCAAACCUUCAUCAGUCCCAUGGAUUUGCUUUAUUGAGAUUGCUCGUCUUCCUUUUUUUUUUCUCUCUUACUAAUUUAGUGUCUAUGGAGUCGCCUAUAAUAACUUCUCAUCAAGUACUUUGAUGUCACCACAAAAUGUAAGGUUUUGGAUUGUGGAAGCACUAAUCCAUAUAUAAUAAAAGUGCAGUGUACUCUUUUUUUUUUUUU